UCUUUAAAACAUGAUGAAUUUUAAAAUAGCCUAUGGAAAACAACAUAUCAUAGCUAGCAUACAUUUUGUUAAUGUGAAAAGAAGGUCGCGCAUCCUUUUUUUUUUUUGCUAAAAUCUAACAAGGGGGAUUUCUUACAAAUAUUUCUUUGAUAAUUGGGUAAAACGUGAGCACAACAGGGCUACAAUGAACAAAGUGAAAUGAAUGGGCUAUAAGGUAUCGAAAGGACUGAGGUUGUGUAAGCUCGCGCUAUGGCAACGACCCCUUAAACACAGAUCAGACCUGAAACUCAGCACACUUCGCUGUGAGCUCUUACUGUGGAGACGAGUUUGAUGCUACAGCGAAAAAUACUUAGUCAUUUAGAAAAUUUCUUCGUUGACAGGGUUGAAACUACGUAGGUUAUAUAAAAUAUAUAGUCAUUACAGUAACACACUGUGUAGUUGUUGUCGUUAGAAAAGCUGUUUAGCUUGUGGAGUGAUUCUUCAAAUUGUCAGGAAACCUAUAGGCUACUAGUUGAUUGUUAGUAUAAUCAAAGGCUUCAGAGGGCAGAUUUUUAUUGCUAAACUGGCCUAUUUACAUCUUAAUAGCUCACUGGUCUGAUUAUGAAAAUGAAAACCGAAGAGAUUCAUCAUAUCAGCUCGCUUCCGCCUAUCCUGGACUCUUACCAGUCAGCACAGUGUCCAGAGAAGGCAGCCAGUCUAUCUGAACGUCAGAAGCAGAGGAGUCAGCAAAGCCACAUUGCAGUGACUUCUACUUAUGCUGUGGAUUCUGAUCAAGUCCUUGAGAGAAAACGAAAAGCUCUUCUAGAUCAGCGCCAUCUAGAGACAUACUACAGAAUACACCGCUUGAAAGACAUGCUUUCACAUCAGUAUGCUACAUUACUGAGGGAAAAAGUUCAAAGACAAAGGCAAGAGAUGAAGCCUCAUGAUCCAGAUAAUUCCAAUCUCAGGAAAGGACUUAAAGAGCAGAAGUUUGUCACCAUUCAGAGGGUCACCAGAUCAACCCUCACACAUAAUGACGCAUACUUGAGGUGUCUACCUAAAACACAUCACUACCUGGUUUUGGAACUGCAGAAACAGCUGACCCGACUUGGGUAUCUUCAGAGCCGCAGAGAGCAGGAGGUGUUCAGGUUUUGGGCGGAACAACAUAGAAGCACAAGUCAAUUAGAGAAGCAACUACAAGCAAUUGGCAAUGAGAACAGCAGUAAUUCCAGCCCAGAUAUGACUCUUAAGGACCUGCUAAAACAGAAGUCUGGAUCUCUACCGAAACUUCAGAUCACAUUGGAUGACUCCACAGCACAACACGAACAUAUGCCAGUCUCACUAAGAGAGGGUGGAGGAGGGGUGAAUGCUUUCCAACUGCAGGGCAAACAGACCUGGGGACAAGACGAAACUGAGCUCAUGUUUCCUGAGGUCUUCACUCGGGAGCUCAAAUUGCCUAAAUUUUCCACUCUGAAGUCCACCUUCCUGGAAGAACUCAGCUCCAACUUGCUUUGUUGGAGAAGCCAUGAGCCACUGAUCAAGUCAAAGACUACUGACAUUACCUACAAAAUGAGAUUAAUGCACAAUCUCUCGCUCUCUCACAUGGCUGACACCCAGAGAAUCAUGGCAAAAAAUGAAAAAUGGAGCUUGCAAUGCACAGAUGGUUUUAGCAUCAAAGAAUUGGAGAUGAAGCAUGAAUAUUCUCACAAUAUCCAAAUUCAGAAGACCAGAUGCCCUACAGAGCCUGAUCCUACUACACACCGUGAUCAGGGUAAACCUGAGAGCCCAGAUUCCUUAAGUGAAAAUCCAAAUGCACAUUUCUCACCAAGUAGUCUCCAGCCAGCUGGGAAAAGCACAGAAGAAUCCUCAUCUAGUUGUGUUGGAGAUCCUCGUUCAUCAUAUACAGAUGUGCCUCUAUGCAUAUCUGAUGUCUAUACUAAACAUGCUGUUGAGGUGGAAAACUGUGACAUGAAAAUGUGGACAAAUUAUAUUUAGACCACUGGUGUUGAUCUGCCACUUUAAAACAGGUCCAAGAUGCUGUUGCUGUUAGAGGAAAGAAAGACAGAGUUGUCCUUCUUAAACUUUUUUCCAUUGCAAUGUUUAAUUUACUAUGAAUUUAUUUAAUAAUUAUCGAAAUGAUAAUCUAGUUAUAGCCUACAUGUUUUAAUCAUGUCAUGUUAAAAUUCUAAGCCUGUCUUCAUUUGUUACUCAAUUGUACACAUAUUUUGGUAUACAGAUGCUUUUUAAAUAAAAAUAAUUUCAAAAGUG